GCCUUUGUGGAGCAGUGAAUGCGGAAGGUACAGCGAGAAGGGGAGAGGAGAGGAUCAGCUUGAUUAGAAACGGGGAUUUCUUCAACAACGCAGCUCACCAUGGGUGUUUCCCACUGGCUCCUGGCUUCUGUGCUCUUUCUGCUGCUCCCUGUAACAGCACAACAAGGAUGUUCUGUUCCCAGUAGCAAUCCGAGUGUUCCUGAAAAUAACCCUCCUGGAUAUGUUGUGACCACUAUCUCUGUGGAAGCAAAUUUCACUGUAGCUAUCGAUUCUAGCUCACCAGAUGGUGAUUAUUUUACCAUCCAGGGGUACGAGCUGCAGCUGAUCAGAAGCGUGGACUAUGAGGCGAGCGACACUGUGCUGUUAGUGACCCUGACUUGCAAGAAAGGUGAUGUGGAGAGUUACAGCCUGCCAAUUAUUGUGACCAUCAUCAAUCUGAAUGAUAACAGCCCAGUGUUUAAGGAAACCAGCCUCACCAGAGUUAUACCUGAGGACACAAAAGUGAAUGCAACCGUUGUAGCCCGUGAAGAUGUAAGUGCUAGUGAUGCUGACCUGGACACUAUCUACUAUAAACUCGAUUCGAUGGUGCAGAACACCAGUGAUUAUUUUGCCAUAAAAGGAGUCAAUAACCCUGAAAUCUACUUACAAAAAGCGUUGAAUUACGAAAAAUUUAACUCCACAACAUUGCUCUUGUAUGCAAUGGACAAUACUGAGGGCACGAACGUAACCAUUCAUACAGCUACCGCAACAAUAAGCAUAAUCAUUGAGCAAGCUGACACCAGACCUCCCUGGUUCCUACCCUGCACCUUCGUUGACACGGACAGAAGCAUUUGCAUCAGCAGCACCUAUGCUGGGAGAGUCAAUAUGUCCGAGAUGUCGACUGCACCGCUCACCUUGGAGCCAGGGCCCAUCUAUGCUAUCGAUCCUGACUACAUUUUAAAUGAAAAGAUUGUGUACAGCAUUGUUGGUGGGAAUGCAGAUAACGUAUUCUCAGUGGAUGCAGACACGGGAAAUCUAACUAUGAACAAAGUAGCAUCUUCUCCAAAUUCAUACCUAUUGCAGGUGAUGGCCACUCAAGUCAACAACAAACAGAAAUACUCCAUAGCCAAUGUAGAAAUUCAGGUCAUCAAUAAGAGUGACCAUGCACCAUACUUCGAGUCCAGAAUGUAUGCAGGGACAGUGUUUGUUGGUCUGGACCCAAGAAGCUUUGUCUUCCAAGCUGGUGAUUCUUCAAGCCCCCUGAUGAUAGCAGCGCUGGAUGAUGAUUUCCCUGAUAAAGCCAACCCAAACAUUGAGUACUACAUAAGGAACAACACCAAUUUCAUUGCAACCAAAGAUGGACUCAUCCUGACUAAUGUGAUGCUGCAGUCACCGGGGACUGCAGUCAUGGAGGCUGUGGCAAAAGACACAGUGAGUCUACAGGAGGGGAGCACUGUCGUCACAGUGGAGAUCACCGCUGCCAAAGCUGAAACCUCCUCCUCUGAUAAGAUAUACACUGCACAGGAUAUGGGUAUCUUAGGUGGUAUCUUAGCUGCAUUGCUAUUAAUUGCCUUAGUCUUCCUUGGACUGAUGAUAUAUAAACAAUAUGGAAAGACAGUCAAGUUCCUGAUUAAUAAAAAAUUCUCCAAGGAUUUCCCUGGAAGCUACGACAAUCAAGCUUACAAGCAAGAUGAACAUCCAGACCUGAGUGCCAACGGUCAGGAAAGCCCAACAUAUAUCAAUGUAACCCAGAUACAGCAGCCAUCACUUUUCUUGGCAUCUUCUAAUGAACAAGAAAUUAAUGGACUCCCGCAGACUUCCCCAGCUUCCGCCAUCACUUUUGACCAGAAAGUGGAAGAAGAAGAGGAAGAAGAAGAGGAGAAAGUGGAAGAAGACUCUAAGCAUGAAAAGGAAGUGAAAUCUAUCCUCAAAACAGACAGGAAUGAGGGGGACCCAGGAUACAAAGCUGUGUGGUUUAAGACCGAUGUGGAUCCAAGUGGAGAGAAUGUUGAAGUGAUUAAUGACGAUGCAGCAGAUUAUGAUGAUGACAGUGAUCAAGAUCUGCAGGAGAACGAGAAGGAGGAAGAAGAUGACAAGGAUGAUCACUACAGAGGUCUGGGAAUGUCCCUUGCCUCAGGCAGCUCAUCAGUGUCAGUCAACAUGUCUACCAGAGAUGACAGUGAUGCAUAAUGGAAAUAGGUCUGCGACUGUCCCCUCACCAAAAUGGAGAAAUGUCCAUUGCUUGGGUGAGACGGAGCCCACCUUUCUGCUCAGGGCAAAACUGAAAUGCAAGAGGACAAAGUUGCCUGUCUUGCAUGCAGAGAUUAAAGCCAGAAGAGAUUAUAAUUCAAACUUCUAGUGAGACCUUGAAAUAUGGCUUGGGAUUUUGUGCGGGGAAAACACAUCCCAUCCUUCUUCCUAUUUGUCCUAGGGUCCCCUAUAUCACAUUUCCCAAGCUGGUAAGUAUAUUGAAGAUGUAGCUGAACUGACUUUGAAGCAUUUAUCCCAGCUCAUGGUAGCAAUUUAGUUGUAUGAUCCAGUGCUUUCAUCUCCUCUUGGUGGGAAAACGAGCCAGCACGGACUGCUCAGCUGUUCCCUUUAGGUGCUGCAUGUUGACGUCAGCUGCAGGGCGUUAGCCAGUGCAAGUCACUCUGACCCUGCUGUUGCUCCCAUGACUACGUUCAGGAGCUCACUUCAGGACUUGACUCUGCUCCCUGCACCCCAGCGGGAGCAGCUGGCAUGACACACUAGGGACAGCAGGAGUGCCACUGCAGGUCUCCCUCCUGCCAGAAAACAAACGUUCAGAUGAUUGGAAGAUGCUGUUUCCUCUGCUGCUGAUAACCAAGGACUGAUAACAUGUUCUUUACUGAAGGAAUUUGUCGGUUAUUAUUCUUUUCCCCAAAACCAUUAAUUGUGCUGUCCUUCCUUGGCUGUAUCCUAUGUGUCAAGGCAAAGAGCUCCUGCUCCUAACCUGCCUACAGAAUGUCAGGUGUAUUUCCAACUCUCUGAACUUCUGGCAGCAAAAAUGUCAUUCCGAAGUGCUAGAUGUGGAUCAGCACAUUGUUUCCCCUGUCCAACAGGACUCGAGGUGUUCCUUUUAUCAUUGCUGCUGAAAGUGGAGGUCAGCAUUCCUCCACACGCCUCACUUGGUGUAGAUGAAGACCUCUUUGCAUCCCCAUUUUUUCCGUUCACAAUGGGCCCAGCAGGCUCUUCUGCUGGUAAAAUACCAUCUUUCAGGCUUUACCUAGAGCCAAGCAGCAGCCCAAAAGCAGAGGUGGUCCACUGAGAACAAGUCAGCUCUGGUGCUCAGCUUUUGGGUCCGGGAUUGAGCUAGAAAACCUGCUAGCAAGAUGGAACUGACCCGCCUCCCAAAGCCUUUCCUCAUCUUUCAGCAAUUUUAUCCUCAGUUGUGGUUGUGCCACCUACUCAGCAAAGCGAGCACACCAUUGCCAUUGGGAGUAAUGUGAGUGAUUCUCUGGUCCAGAUUCAUCCUUUCCAUCGACCAAUUUCUUCCCAAAGCUGGCAAUCAAAAACUGAAAUAUUUUCCACUUAGAGCAUGGCUGAGUGCAUUUGCACCUUCUGAUCUAUCAGUAUAAAAUCUGUGCUGCUGCUGGUUUUCCUGUUUUGCAGCUAGCUAGAGGGCAGGUAUGGGUUAUUGAGCGUUCAACUUUCAGUUGAACUUUCAGACAGGGGUGCAAUGGGACCCUGGGUCACAGAUAUUUAUCUCACUUGCUUAGCUUAGCACAACAGCACAGCACCACAACAACAGGAAUGUCCUUCUGGGAAAGAAACAACAAUAAGUAAUCCUGCCUGUGACCUAUGGGCUAUUCCCUGUAACGCUGUCAUUACUCCAGAUAAACCCAUGAGAAGGAAACCAAAACACAGCUGCUGGAAUUCUCAUGUACCCCAAAACAUAAGACAAUCAGCUCCAAGCAGGCUUGCAUCCUCUUGGUUUCCACUUUUUUUUCUGUACAUUUCCCCAUCUUGCUGUUGCUAGUGCUCAGCUCUGCCAGGGUUUCUCUGAAGAGAGCAGCCCUGCUGUGUGGACUUCAGGACCUGUACUUUUGCUGAAGGUAGAGACUGAAAUAUGGAAAGCUUUUCUCCUUGCUGCAAUAAAGUUACUUGCCCAGAAA